UCUGUUUCCCACCUUUCACCCCACAUCAGCCCCAUACAGACAACAUCCACCAUGCUUCCCCUCGUCGCCCUCGAAGAGGCUAUGAACCUGCCUGCGCUGGCUGAGCAGUCCAAGUACCAAGCGAGCCUGUUCACCGCUGAUGGAGACGCCGACGGACAUGCGUACAGGCUGUGCGACAUCCACGAGACGCGCGCCAAGAAGAUGCAAGAGCACGGCGUGGCCCACACGAUCCUCUCGCUCACCGCGCCAGGCAUCCAGGACUUUGACGACGCCAAGGUGGCUGCCGAAAAGGCGCGCGAAGUCAACGACUACACAUACGAGCAGAUCAAGAGCUCUGGCAAGCAGUUCAGCGCCUUUGCGUCCCUGUCGAUGCACGAGCCUGAGGAGGCGUCGCGCGAGCUGAGGCGAGCCGUCACGGAGCUCGGGUGUGUCGGUGCGCUCGUCAACGACAACCAGCGUCUGCCCAACGACGAGCAUGCGUGGUACGACCAGCCGGAGUGGGACAGCUUCUGGAAGACGUGCACCGACCUCGACGUGCCCUUCUACCUCCACCCCAUUGCCGUCAAGGGCGAGCUCCACCGGAGGCUGUACAAGGACCGCGCCGCCCUCAUUGGACCCGUCAAGUCGUUUGCCACAGGUGUCUCGACGCACAUUCUCGGCAUGAUUGUCAAUGGCGUCUUUGACAGGCACCCCAAGCUCAAGAUCAUCAUUGGCCACCUCGGCGAGCACCUCCCCUUUGACAUGUGGAGGAUCAACCACUGGCUCGAGGACGUGCACAGGAAGCGCGGCGGCACCAAGCAGCAGCUGACGAUCCGCGACUACUUUGCCCGCAACAUCUGGAUCACCACCAGCGGCCACUUCAGCAACAAUGCCCUCAUCAUGUGCCUCGCCGAAGUUGGCGUCGACCGGAUUCUCUUCUCGAUCGACUACCCGUACGAGUCGUUUGAGAGCGCCUGCAACUGGUUCAGGCAGCUCGAGCCGCAGCUCAACAAGACGGAUCUGCGCAAGAUUGCCUACAAAAACGCAAAGAUCCUCUUCCCCCACCUCAAGGACCUCCCCGAGGACAUUUAGGCGGUCCGUUGUGUCUUUUAGUCAGAUCUUUUCCUCAAAAGCGACAUGCCAUGUCUUUUUAUUUCUCAAUAUCAUCCUGACGUGUCUCCAAGGGCUUGCUCAUGAUUAGGUCUUGACUGCUUCGCGUACUUUCUUCAGUCACAAGCGUCCAAUCGCUGCCGUC